GCUCAAUUCUUGUUGUUGCAAAGUGUGAGAAGACAAGAAGUGAGAAGUUACAGCCUUACCUAGCUUGUGGGGAAGCAAGUAAUUCCACAAUAUCCUUCUCAGAAUUACAGAUUUCUCAUUUUGGGGGUGUCUCAUCUGCGGGGGAACGAUUAUGCACCUCGACCUUGGCCGUUAUUCUUCAAGUCUGCGACAACAUAUUUAUAAGCUAUAGGACGGUGCUCAGUACCGCAGUAGCGGAGUAGGUUAUCUUGCACAGUGGAUCAAACGAUCGAAGAUCUGCCACACGCCCGCAAUCGUCAAACACACGGUCCAGCCUCUCAACGUCAGAUUUCACGAGCCACCCUCUCGUACCAUGUCGGUGCCACAGGACAUAAGUCAAACAAACCUCCGUCUCCCUAUCGAACUCGUUGAGAAGAUCAUUGAAGAGAGCUUGGAUCUGAGACGUCGACAGAAAGGAGGUCGCAGGGAAGAUCCGCCCCGUCGAUUCCCAGUGAUAACGAUCCAACAGAAUGCCAUCGGGCCGUUGAUACGGAGUUGCAAACUCUUCGCCAGUAUCAUCAUCCCCAAGCUCUACCGGGACGUCCUCCUCAGGAAACAAUACAGCGUCGAAGUUUUCUUGGAUCGGGCUCGUUUCAGUAGCCUCGGGCACAUGAAGACCCUCCAUGUCGACUUUUUCGCCGUCCAGGACCUCUUUGACAGAGCUCCCUGGUACGCCGGAAGGCUACCCGAGCUCGUCGAUCUCCGGCGCAUGCAGACCCAUCUCCAUACGCCUCGGGACUUUACUGCCCGGUAUGGAAACAUCGAUGGUGGCACAGACUACUGCGAGGAAGGAGAUAUCGCGAGAUACAUGAUAGCCUGGGAAUUUCUUCGUAGACCUCGUCUUGAACAUCUGGAAGUCAACGGGGACAUUGCGAGACAUUUGCUACCGGAUCUGCUUAGAUUCUUCACGCCACAACGACUCGUGAUCAAUGGUUUCCAUCUCGGGAACAGUCGAUCUCCACUACCUUACUCGUAUCUCGCCCAGGCCGACGCCGCUGCCUUCCGGCUUGCAGGGGAUGUGACACUACACUGUGAUAUGAACUUCGACUUUCAAUGUCAAGAAGCCUUUCAGGCUCUAUCCCGCACUCAUCUAGAGCCAGGGCCGACGAGUCUGAUCUUGACUCUUGGAUGGUGGCAACGUGGCGCAGCCGAUCCCUCGAUCAAGGCUAAGGGUCCCGUUUCCAACCUUGUGGCGUGUUUCCUUAACCUCAUAAACGAUGGAGGCACCAUCACCAUCAAACCCUACCUAUCGGCAAAUAGCCCAAAUCAACACGCAUAUUGCUUUGCCGAGGCCAUCGACCCUAUCAUUACAAGGGAAGAAUACCCAGACGUAUAUUUCCCAUUCGAAUGCGACUGCGGACAUGGCAAAGAGACCGGGUGUGAGUCUACAAAAGCGUUGGUACCCGCGCGACAGCAUAGCUCAUCGAAUAGUAUCUCCUCCCGCUAGUCUGGGACGGCGUUAGGCAAGACCUUUUGGAUUACUUCGAGAUGAUAUAUGGCUUUGACGACGAGUAUGCAGCAGACCUCGGAGCCUGAUGGGCGGCGCUUCUUCUUUCUUCCAUCAUUGUGAUGUCGUCUCGAAGGC